AUGUCGACUUUCACCAAUUACGAUUCUAGCGCUGCAAGUGACUACGAUGUGGCAAGACUGCCCAUUGGCGCAGACAUUAUGGAGAAAUUCAUUCGGAAAAACUCUCCUGCUGGAUAUGAGCAAACCAAUUUGGUCGAUUUUGGAACAGGAACUGGCAGCUACAUCGUUGAACUCCUGAAAAGUGGCCUGAAAUAUGCCAUGUGCACGGAUUUCAGUCAGAUUAUGCUUGACAAGUGCGAGGCAAAAUUAUCUGCUGGCGGAUUUGAUGAACGAUUCGGUAUCAAGAAGGUCUGUCUUCCCGAUUCAGGGUUCAAAAACGACGAGUUUGAAGCUGCCAAAUGCUCGAUGGUCAUCCAUCAUCUCGUAAAAACCAACGAAAAUGGCGUCGUCGACGAUUGGUCGCCCAUUGGCAACGCCUUUUCUGAAGCCUUCCGAAUUCUCAAACCUGGUGGAGUCUUUGUUGUUGCCUUCAGUACUCCUGAACAGCGAGGGGGCAACUGGUACGCUCAUUUGGUCCCAGCAACGAGAGCGCGAACGAUUGCCAGAUGUCCAAGCAAGGAAAAAGUACGGGAGCUCCUUCAAGGCGCUGGUUUUGAAGUUACAGAUGAAGAAGUCAUGACGAAUCAUUACUGCAGCAACGAGACUUACUACGACCACGAAAUCUUUUGCAAAAAUCAGCGAGCUUGGUUCAUGGACUCUGUCUUGAGUUCUGCGACUGAAGAGGAGCGAGAAGCAGCAAAGGCGAAAGUGAAAGAGUUCGCAGAGAAAAAUGAGCUCAAGAAAUUCCUCGAAGAACACGAUGAUUUCAAGAACUUUGGCUGUGGAACAAUCAUUGCUGGUGUGAAAGGUCUUUCUGCCACUGCUGGACAAUAA